AUGGCUUUUGCUCCUGUACAAAUUUUUCAAGAUGAAGCCACAGAAGAACGCGCCGAGAAUGCGCGAUUGUCCUCAUUCAUUGGCGCUAUUGCAAUCGGUGAUCUGGUAAAAAGUACCUUGGGCCCAAAAGGAAUGGACAAGAUUCUUCAAUCUAUGAAUAAAGGCGAAAUCAUGGUUACGAACGAUGGUGCUACGAUUUUAGAGUCUAUCGUACUCGAUAACGCGGCCGCUAAAAUUCUUGUCAAUAUCUCAAAAGUUCAAGAUGAUGAAGUCGGUGAUGGUACAACAUCAGUAUGCGUUCUUGCCGCAGAACUGUUACGUGAAGCAGAGAUUCUAGUGAAUCAGAAGAUCCACCCGCAAACUAUUGUUGAGGGUUAUCGUAUUGCGAGUGACGCAGCUCUUAAAGCUUUAGAAGGAUCUGCCAUGGAUAAUGGGAGUGACAAUGAAGCAUUCAAAAAAGAUCUUUUUAAUAUUGCGCGAACAACUCUAAGCUCCAAAGUUUUAUCACAAAAUAAAGAUUACUUUGCCGAACUAGCCGUCAAUGCCGUUCUUCGACUAAAAGGCAGCACGAACCUAGAGAACAUUCAAAUAAUUAAAAAAGUUGGUGGUCGACUAACCGACUCCUAUCUCGAUGAAGGCUUUAUCCUAGAUAAGAAAAUCGGAGUCAAUCAACCAAAGCGAAUCGAAAACGCCAAUAUACUUAUCGCUAAUACGCCGAUGGAUACAGACAAAAUUAAGAUAUUUGGUGCCCGUAUUCGGGUAGAUGCUACUGGUAAACUCGCUGAAUUGGAAAGAGCUGAACGCGAUAAAAUGAAGGAGAAGGUUGAAAAGAUCAAAGCUCACGGAAUUAAUUGUUUUGUUAAUCGCCAGUUGAUAUAUAACUGGCCAGAACAGUUGUUCGCCGAUGCUGGUAUUAUGGCUAUUGAACAUGCUGAUUUCGAUGGUGUCGAGCGGUUGGCUUUGGUUACUGGCGGUGAAAUCGCAUCGACCUUUGAUCAUCCCGAGUUAGUUAAACUCGGUCAUUGUGACGUUAUUGAAGAGAUUAUCAUUGGAGAAGAUAAGCUUAUUAAAUUCUCUGGAGUUGCAGCUGGAGAAGCGUGCACUGUUGUAAUAAGAGGGGCAACAAAUCAGCUUUUGGAUGAAGCAGAACGAUCGUUGCAUGAUGCAUUGAGUGUGCUAACGCAGACAGUGAGGGAGACGCGUACUGUACUUGGCGGUGGAUGUUCAGAGACGCUUAUGUCGAAAGCGGUGGAUGAGGUGGCGGCUAAGACGGCGGGAAAGAAAGCCGUUGCUAUUGAAGCAUUUGCGAAAGCUUUAAGAAAGAUUCCUACAAUUCUAGCAGAUAACGCCGGUUAUGACAGUUCUGAUCUUGUCGCUCGAUUGCGUGCAGCUCAUUAUGAGGGUAAAUCGACUUCUGGUCUUGAUAUGAUAAAUGGAUCUAUCGGUGACAUGCAAGAACUAGGUGUUACCGAGUCCUACAAGUUGAAACGCCAAGUGGUUCUCAGUGCUUCGGAAGCCGCAGAGAUGAUUUUACGUGUAGAUGAUAUCAUUAGAUGCGCACCACGGUAA